AUGAAUACCAUUGACAACACAGAGCGUCAGCCUCUACUUCCUACGGCGUCUCGCCCGCUAUCGACUUUUGCGGUCCCCAGCGGCAAGGGCCCGAGAUGUCAAGUAGGAGGGACGCCUGAAGAGAAUAUCGUCACAGAGAGUGUGCUUCCAUCUAGAUCGAUGGAGGAUGACGUGCUUCCAGAGGCAUCACCACUUGGCCGCACGUUGACUUGGCAGAGUGUAUACAUCCUUGUCAUCUCCAGAGUCAUAGGCAGCGGUAUUUUUGCUACCCCAGGCGCAAUCCUUCGUUCUGUCGGGAGUCCCGGACUUUCACUCGUCCUCUGGGUCGUUGGUGCCAUUGUUGCUGCUUGUGGGCUUAUGGUCUCGCUUGAAUUUGGCUCGAUGCUUCCGCGAUCUGGAGGCGACAAAGUCUAUUUGGAGUUUACCUAUCGCCGACCGCGAUUUUUAGCAUCGACACUUAUCGCCGUCCAGGUUGUUCUGCUGGGAUUUACAGCAAGCAACUGUGUUGUUUUCAGCGAGUACUUGCUGUUUGCACUUGGCGGCGAGAAUCCGACCGAGCUCCUACGGAAGGGACUUGCGGUUGCACUACUCACCGCAGUAACUCUCAUUCACGGUUGUUUUCCACGUUUCGGUGUUAAGUUGCAAAACUUUCUAGGAUGGAUCAAAGUAGGAUUGGUGGUUUUCAUGAUAUUCUCUGGGCUGUAUGUCGUCCUACUCCGACCAUCCACAGAAUCAACCCGGGUAACAUCCACCACCCUCUCGUGGGAAGAUAUGUGGGAGGAUACAAACUGGAAUUGGGGGGUUAUUGCAACUUCUCUCUUCAAGGUAUUCUAUUCCUACUCUGGUCUCGACAACGCCAACUAUGUCCUGAACGAGGUCAAAGACCCCGUGCGGACUCUGCGGUCGGUGACAAUGGCAGCCUUGACAACUUCUUGCGGACUUUAUGCCCUUAUAAAUGUAGCUUAUUUUCUUGUUGUGCCGGUUGAAGACAUCAAGAAUAGUGGCGAGCUCAUCGCAGCUCUAUUCUUCUCCCGUAUAUUUGGGGAGGCAAUUGGCAAGACUGUUCUUCCGUUAGCCGUUGCGCUGAGUGCCGGAGCUAAUGUACUUGUUGUCACCUUCUCAGCGGCUCGUACCAAACAAGAAAUUGCGAGACAAGGCUUCCUCCCAUUCUCAGAAAUACUAUCAUCGACAAGACCGUUUAAUUCACCUUUGGGUGGACUAGUGAUCCACUACAUUCCAUCAUUUCUGGUAAUAACUCUUCCUCCCUCAGGAGAAGUUUACUCUUUCAUUCUGGAAGUCGAAGGAUACCCAGGGCAGUUCCUAGCACUAGCUGUUGGGGCAGGCCUCUUGUGGUUACGUGUGAAACGACCUGAAAUCAAGAGACCCUUUAAAGCUUGGAUACCAGCAGUGUUUUUACGGAUUGGGCUUAGUUUGGCUCUUCUCACUGCACCAUUCUUUCCACCUAGCACCAAGCCAAGUAAUGGUAUGUUCUAUGCAACUUACGCAGUUGUUGGAACAAGCAUGUGA